AUGACCCAGACUGGAACCACACUGGACCCAGACUGGACCCAGACAGGACCCACACUGGACCCACACUGGACCCAGACUGGAACCAGACUGGACCCACACUGGACCCACACUAGACUCAAAGAGGUGGUUUUGUCCUGGAGUGUGCUGCAGAUACAUGGACAAGUGUCAGACUGUGUUGAAGGUGUUCAAAGAUUGUUCAGCAACUCACUCAAGAUGAGGGAAAAGAGCAACAAGGGGAAAAUGCCCCCUCGGAAAUGCAACAUGUGUAGAGUAAUACAGGUUUCUCAGACGGAGUGUCUUCCAGUGUCUCGAGCUAGUGCAGUGCCAAGGUGCUGUGCUUGGACCUUGACCUCAAGGGAGAUCGGGGAGACAGGAACACCCAAGAGACGGAAGUUGUCCCAGGGCAAGAGCUGUCCUGUCGGAGGAGAGCUCCAGCAGGCCUCACAGCAAAAUACUACUCACUGUCAGGAAACAAGAGUCAUUUUAGCCCUGGUGUCCAUUAUAAUAUCCUCCUCACUGAGUCUUGGUGGGUCGACGGUUGUGGGUCUUGUGUUGGGAUCACAGGCCAGCUGGAGAGGCCUGAGCGACAGAAGGGUGACGGCAGCCUGUGUCCCCACCGCAGCCCCCGAGUGA